GGCUGCGUGGCCCGGGAGGCCGUGCCAGGCUGCCGAGAGGGCCUCCGUGCAGGGCCCGGCUAAAAAUAGCAGGGGGACGGCGGGGCAGGGACAGCCGGUGGGAGGCUGGUGGGGAGGGGCCUCGAGGGGCCGCGAUGGCAGCCCGGGCCGGGGCGCCGUCAAUGGUGCUGGCGCACCCACCCUGUUCCCGGUGGCCGGCCAGCCGGCAGCCCAGCUGACGGGCUAUUUUUUCCCUGCUUGACUAAAUAUGGUCAGGGAGCAGAGCCCGAGGGGGCCACUCGGCCGGCCGCGUGUUUGGGAUGCUUGGCCGGGUAUAUAAGGACCGCCAAGGUGAGGCCCGCUCCUGACACCAGGGGGGCCCCACGCCCACCGGGGCCCUGGGGCCAGCCCUCCCCACGGUCCCCUCCCCCGCCUGCGCGCCUGUGCGAGCCUGCACGCAUCCCGGGUGUCCCCUUUUGUUCCAGCCUGACCUCUACCUUGCGCUGACCCCGGCUGGGGGUGCAGGAGCGCCCCGCGGGCGGCUGGAGCCCGGCGCCGGCCGGGAGGGGCUCAAGGCGCGAGUGCGUCGGGAGCUCCGGCCUCCCCCACCCCUGCAUUCGCGAUUGGCUCCGGGAGAGGGUGGAUGGCGCUGCCGCGGCUGCAGCAUCUCCCGGAGCGCCGCGCGGGGCGCACCGUACCGCGAGCCGCGACCCUGCGCCCGCCGCCGGCGUCGCCAGCCCGGCUGGAGGGGCUCCUCGGUCUUCAGAGACAGCAGCCCCGAGCCCCACCCCUGGGCGCCCGUUCCUGGAGGCACACGGCCAGGGAGCUGCCCCCUAGGUGCCCGACGCCCAGGUGGCAGACCCAGGCGGGACCCGGAGACCUCCUGUCGUCCAUCUCCGAGGGUCUGGCGGGACCUCUGCCCGCCGAGGCCUGGGGAGCCCCAGGGCCCGCACCCCGGGCUGGGGCUGUGGGCACUGCCCCCGGCUCUGUCCUGCAGCAGGCGAAGGCUGUCGCCAGGGUCCCCUGCCCCCCACUUGGUCUGCCACCGGCCGUUCCCUCCUGUGCCAGACGGCGGCGCCGUGACCCAGAGGCUGCGCAGCCACAGGCCAGGGGCUCGUCCCCUCCUUCCCAGGGCCCCUGCUCUCCCUCCACCUUUACCCAGAAGCGACCCUCUGAUGGUGGAUUUCAAACCACCCCCCAGGCCUGUGAGCAGAGGCCCUCAGAUACUGAGUGAGGGAGUGGGGGGACCCGCUGAGUGCCCGAAGCCAGCUGAGGGGGCCGGCCGGUGGCCAAGGGCACACGGCUGCGUCAUUCACGCCUCCCUCAGGAAGCCGGGGGGCCAGCCGGGCACCCUUCUCCAGUGCAGGGCCCCAUGUCCGUUGCGUGUGUCGCUCGGGCCUCACACGGCAGGCAGCCCAGGCCCGCGGUGGCCUCGCUGGGUGCCCUGCAGCCAUGGCCGCCCCUGCGCCCUGAGCCCAGGCAGGAGCACGGGAUGCCAGGUGGCCUUCCCAGUCUCGGUCACACCGGCCACGAAUGUGCUCCUGAGCCGCCGGCCCCGCUCCUGACCUCAGGGCCCUCUGGUCUGGGUCUCGGCCAGGCCCAUCUCUUUCCCUAAAUUAUGCCGCGGGAGCCGGCCCGGUCUUCCAGGUGAUAAGACACAGAAAUCCAUCCUGCCGCUUCGGCAAAGAAAGCUCCGCAGUUCUGUGACCUCUGCACCCCCCGCACGCCCUGUCCCCCGCUCGUGGGUCUGUUUGAGGCGGAAUUGAUCUCCAGGAGGGGUCCCAUCCA